AUGACGAUGUUGAAAGUAUUUUUAUUCGGCCUGGCAGUGGCCACAGUGAGGGCCUCUCAUUUUGGUUCCCUGGAAGGCCAUGGUCUCAUCAGCGAGCCGAAACUCAUCUCGCAAUCGGUCCACCUGAAGGAGAUACCGACAAAGAUCAUCAAGGUUACCAAAACUGCUGUCGUCAAGGUCCCAGUGCCGUAUCCAGUUAAGGUGCCUCAUCACAUACCCGUUCCAGUGCCUGUGAACCAUCCUAUAGCUAUUCCAUACACGAAGCUAGUGAAAGUCCAAGAACACGUGCCGGUCGAAGUGUCCAAGCCGGUCCCGAUCGCGAUCCAUCAGCAGGUACCGCUGGUGGUACCAAAGGCGGUCCCGGUACCACAGCCAAUUCCGGUUCCUCAGCCGGUAACGGUGAACAAGCCGAUCUUCUAUCCGGUACCGCACCCGAUCCCGUAUCAGGCAGCCAGCCAUUCCGAGGGUGGCGGCCUUGGAGGUGGUAUCGGCGGUGGAUAUGAUUCGGGCGAUCACGUGGGACACGAAUCAGAGAGCUACAGCAGUUACACUGUGAACGAACAAGGACACGAUCAAGUUGGCGACAGUGGACAUUUCCAACCCUCUCAGCCGGAUUACAGCCCGCAUCAUUAA